AUGAAGGUUGCUGUAGCGGGGACUGCCGGGUUAGCUCAACAUAUUACUAGAGCAGUAGCGGAAGAGGGGCACGAAGUUUUUAUGCUCUCCAGAUUUGUAGUACCCUUUCUUUCUUCACACCAAGAUUCUGGGCCUGACUAAAUCUUCAAACCAGCAACGGCCACAACUAGCAGAAAAUGGGUUUCGGGUGAUCCAGGUUGACUAUUUCAAUCCAGCUUCUCUGCACUCUGCUCUCAUCGGCGUUGAUACUGUCAUAUCGACAGUAUCGGGCGCACCUCAGCUCGCCCUCAUAGAUUCUUGCCUCACCGCCUGCGUCCGUCGAUUUGCCCCGGCGGAAUUUGAGGGUGUUCCUUAUGAACGCCCAAUGAUCGAGCAGGGAAGGAAAAAGAUAGACACCCUCAACCGGCUUCGCGAGGUCAAAGAGAGGUUGCAAUCAACUGCCUUUUGUUGCGGAAUAUUUUACGAAUGGUUCGGACCAGGCGGGCUCUCCAGAUCCGGAGUGAGUGCCGGAACCAUUCUCGAGACAACGCCUACCAGUAGGGUCUUCGUUGGAGAUGAAGCGUGUUACAUGUUGGAUUUUAGAAAUGAGAGGGCCACCAUCCCCGCCUAUAGCGAGAAGGGGAGUGAUGUUUAUGCUUGCUUUACUGCUGCAGCAGACGUGGGGAGCUUCGUGGCAAAAUGCUUAAGCAUGGAGGCCUGGCCAGAGCAGCUCAGGAUGCGUGGUGAAAGACUUAAGCUGCUCGAUUUUGUCAGAAUAGCUGAAGCUGUCAAGGGUAAGAUUGACGUAUCCCAUCUUUGAAAUGCUGGCCGGCCGAAGCUGACUUCAAAGAGAAGACCGUGUCUUCAGCGUCACAAUCAUAGAUAGCGAGGAGCUUCACGAGCAAGCCAUCGACGCCGAAGAAGCGGAAGACUGGGAGAAAGUCUCGAAACUCGAGGCAUUGAUUGCCGCACAAAGAGGCGAGCUAGACUUUCUAGGAGCAAACGCGAACGACUGCCUCCCCGAGGUGAAAACCCUGAGCUUCAAACAGUGGCUGUCGAAAGCUUGGGCUCAAGAGGCUUGAAAACUAGGGGCAGAGCACCUUUAUCUAUCAUUCAUCCUCCUCAUUUCAAAUCUUCCCCCUUCCAUUGGAUUGCCCAUGACACAGAAAGAUCCCAGCAGGCGGUUCCAACCAGAUGAGUCAAUAGUAAAGGCCGCUGCAGGACAGUGGAGACGUACCAUGUUUUUCUCCCGUGCUCUCUUUCACUUUCUCUUUUCUUUCCCCCCCCCUCCUCCCUUUCUCACACUUUAUUUCCUUGCUCAAACUUGUUUUACGCCAUUGCAUUAGCCCAAUACAAGCAUUUCCCCCAUCGG